GAUGAACUUUUCCCCAACACUGUAAAAUUGUCGGCGGCAGAAAAACGUUGGUAAAAUCUGCGAGGGUCCUGAAAAUGAUUUGAAAUGCCGUCUUGCCUCACGUCAUUUGGCCGUGAAAAUUAACGGGGGAAAUCCCUCACUUUAAACGGGGCGUACCGGGGCUUUUUUUAAGUUUCCUUCGAUAUAUGCCAGUCUGGUGUGCAUUGGAUUGUUGCUGUCCUGCGUCUGCCGGAUCUUCAGAGGGAGUGUUUUCCAAGGAGGACGACAACAAGGGAAAUCAGAUACAAUUCUUCAUUAUCUCCACCUACGUCAGGAGUUUGUCUCUGGUUGCUAACACCUUCCUUGCUUCAUUCGUUUGCAUCUCAGCUCACUAGGUUUCUGAUUCUAGUUAGCAGUCACUAUAUACCUGCCUCUUCUUGGUAAAGUCUAGCUGGAGUGAGGGAGAUCCGUGGGGGCACAAGAUUUGAACUGUUGACCUCAAGUUGGUGAGAAUUUAGCUGCUGCUGAUUGGUCUACUGGCUGUACCCUUGUUAGACUGCAGUGCAAUUGUGGAUGAGUGUAUAAGCUCUAAAGAAAUUAAGCCAAUCUACUAAGAAAAGUUGAUAGCAGCUGCUGAAGUUUCUCAUUUGUCGAACAAACAAGGAAAAACCAAGGUUAUGGCUGGGUUCUUGUCAGGCGAUCCUUCUCAAGUUGAUAUUGCAGAAGGUGGAACAAAUGCUUUAGCCCAUACUAAAUUGGAGGAGCCAGAUCAUUCUAGCUCAAACUGGUAUUUUAGCAGACAAGAAAUUGAAGAAAACUCUCCAUCAAGGAAGGAUACUAUUGAUUUGAAGAAAGAAGCAUAUUUCAGAAAGUCCUAUUGCACAUUUCUUCAGGACCUGGGCAUGAGACUUAAAGUGCCUCAGGUGACAAUUGCUACAGCUAUAAUAUUCUGCCAUCGCUUUUUCCAUCGCCAAUCUCUUGCAAAGAAUGAUCGAAGGACAAUAGCAACGGUUUGCAUGUUUCUUGCUGGAAAGGUCGAGGAGACUCCCCGGCCCUUGAAGGAUGUGAUUCUUCUUUCAUAUGAGAUCUGUAAUAAGAAGGAUCCAGCAGCUGUUCAGCGGAUUAAGCAAAAGGACAUAUAUGAACAGCAAAAAGAGUUAAUUAUUACUGGUGAAAGGGUGGUACUUGCAACGUUGGGCUUUGACCUUAAUGUGCAUCAUCCUUACAAACCUCUUGUGGCAGCAAUAAAGAAAUUCAAGGUUGCUCAGAAUGCACUUGCUCAAGUGGCUUGGAAUUUUGUUAAUGAUGGGCUGCGUACUUCUCUAUGCCUGCAAUUCAAGCCUCACCACAUUGCUGCUGGGGCUAUAUUCCUUGCUGCUAAGUUCCUCAAAGUCAAGCUGCCCUCUGAUGGGGAGAAGGUGUGGUGGCAAGAAUUUGCUGUGACUCCACGACAGUUAGAAGAAGUUAGCAACCAAAUGCUAGAGCUUUAUGAACAAAACAGAACCGUUCCACCAUCCCGAGGGAGUGAACCGGAUGGAAGUAUAGGUGCCACCAAUCGUCUGAAGCCAGGCAACACCCAGUUGAAUAGUGAUGAACUUCCAUCUGCAAAUGGUCAUUCCCAGACUGUUUUUACUUCAGCUGCAGUUCAGACUACUAGUGGACCACCUCAGGCAGAGGAUGCAAUUCAUGCAUACAAAAGAGAUGCCUGUAGUGAUCCUCAAAAUACAGAGAAAAAUAUUGCUAAUAUCUCCAAUGUAAAACAGAACAUGGCAUUUGAACAGGCCUACAGUGAAAAUCAAAGAUUUGCUGAGGAAAAUGUAAAUACCAAUCAAGCUAGUGGAAGCACUGUAACAAAAUACAGUCUUCAAGAUGAUAGAAAGCAUGAUUUAGAUCCAUUGUCUAGCAACGGGGGCAGGGAUAAAGCUGAUGAAGCUGAUAACAUUUUUAAGCUGAAUAAAACGAAGCACUCUGCUGAUGAUUAUGAAAGCAAGGAAACAGAGGAUCGAAGAAGGGAUGUGCAACAAGGGCAGGAUAAUAAUGAACUGCAAGAGACCAAAUCAGGCGAUGAAACUAGAGGUUGCCCAGGUUCCAAUGAUACAGAACCGAAGAAGUCUUAUGAGAUCAAUAAAGAGUAUUUAAAGGCAAUCUUUGAGAAAAGAAAAAGGUCUCGUGGGGAGCUAACAGAUUCAAAGCCUACAAUUUCAAAAGCUGAUGACAUGGAUGAAGAUGAUUUGAUCGAAAGAGAACUUGAAAUUGGGGUUAUGGAAGCUGCUGAAGCAGAGAAGGUGAAACAGGAGAGAAGGGAUGUCUGGUCUAAGUCUUCUUCCAAAUUGGAGCAAGAAGUUGUUGGAACUAGAAAAGAACGUUUAGAUGGAGGAGAUAAUGGAGGAAAACAGAAGAGGCCAUAUGAGGAAAACAUAAGUGAGAGAAAAAGGGCAGCGCUAUUUGAUGCAACAGAUCGUGCUAGUCGAGAUCAUGAGUGGGAUCAGGCAGAAUUUCCUUAUGACCGAACAGAAGAAGGUGAGCUUCCAGACACGACUAUGCAUGAACAGGUGCAGUCUCCUAAACACAGUGAGAGACGAUCUUCAUUAUCUGCUCAACUUGAAAAAGCAGGGAGCCCUGCUAAUCGGCGUGAUUAUGGAGUUCGUGAUCAACAUGGAUACAAAGAUGGAUUCAGUGAGAAACAAAGGCAUAAUUAUCAUCAUCAUCAACAUUCUUAUCACCAACAGCACCAACACAGAACUGAUUCUGAUAAGGACCGUCAACAUUACAAAGAACGAGACCACAAACGAGCUAGGCACGACCAUGCAAAAUAAUAGCUAAAUAUCUAUAUGUUUAUCAAAACCAUCUGCAAAAUGAAAGAUGAAUAUCCAGACAUUUAGCACUACCAUGCAAAAGGAGAGAUAAAUAUCCAUUCAUUUAGCAUGACCAUGCAAAAUGAAAGAUAAAUAUCCAUUCAUUUAGAUGUAGCCUAUGGGUGAGUAUUUUAUUGUAUGGGCAUAUCUUAAGGAAUUUUUGGGGAGGGUUUCCAUGCUUGCGCAAAGAAGGAAUUGUGGAAGCAUGGAUGUAUAGUGCUGAUAAAUCUCCUAUUUGCAGAUUUAUUAAAUGCAAACAUUCUUGAUAUUGUAGAGAUUUUGGCAGUAAUUGCCUAUAAAGAAAUACAUCAGAAUUUUGUGUUGAAUUA